AUGGUUGGCGGCAAAAGAUCCAGAAACUUCGACGAGGAUGAUGGCUACCGGGAUUUUCGGCCAAGAAUGCCCAAGAGACAGAGAAUCCCUCCUGUUGUUCAGCUAUGUAAGGAAAUGAUGCCAGACAUCAGAACUUUGGGUGAAAGUAUUAAGGCCUUCGAAGAAGAUAUAAAGUUUUUGAGCGAAGCCAUUGCAAACGAAUUCGGCAACGAGGAAUAUUUCCAGGAAGCCCUUUUCAAGACUAUCAAUGCCGUGGUAGUGGAACAGCCUCACAAACAACCUGCAAUUGCGCUUUUAACCAUGGUUGUCAAUGCUGCGAACCCUGUCGCUGGUAAAAGCAUUUUGAAUUAUAUCUUCGACAAAAUGCAGGGAUGGUGCACCGACUCUAUCAAUAGUGACUUAGAAGUGACGUCGAGCGAAACCGGACCUUGGAACAAAAUAAAACUUCUACUAAGGUUUCUGUCUUUACUGUCACCAAUGGUGGAAGAAGACGAGCUGAUCUUGUUAUACCAAAGACUGUUUGACUUGAGCGUGAAUUUGAACAACCUUCAUUCAGAGAAGAGAAACCCAUUAUCUGAGGCCAUAUACUGCAAUACGCUUUUGAACAUACCAUAUCUGUUUUAUUUUUCAAGAGGAAACGAGUCCCUUCGAGGAAAAGUGGCAGAAUUGAUCUCAAAUGUGGAAAGUUCUUACGUCGUCAAACACACGAAUCUGUCUCUGAUCAAGGAAUACAAUACCAAUAGCCCAUAUGAAUCCGUGCAAUGGGUAUCGGCGGUUCUCCCAAAUGUGAAAAGGGUGCUAGCAAACGACAUGCAACAGCUAUUCGAGUUAUUUCCAGACUACAGCGGUAUGAUGAAGCCUCAACCAGGAAACCAGGGGUUCAAUGAUCCAUUGAACUUGCCUUCAGCCGAACAACUGGAGUCUUUCAGUGGUCUCGAUAGAGGUAUAGGUUCCAUCGAUGGUAUGUGGAAAGUACCCCGGUAUUCGUAUAGGGUUUAUUUGCCAAACCAAGUUGGCGAAUUUGAAACUGUUGUACCAUUCACCACUUAUGGCGGUAUGUUGUUCGAGGACAUUAUUAUUGACAUCGUGGAAAGUAUGGAGUUCAAUCGCAAAGAAGUUGCCAAACAAGUGGUGACAUUGGAUUUAUUUUUCAAACCUGGUAUUUUCACAGAACCCGGUCAAUCGAUAGCUCAACUGAUAGCUUUACAUGAAGAAAAUCCGAUUAUCACAACCUACAAAAUCGAAGAUCUUGCCAUUGAAAAGAUUCUUAGUAUGAUUUUCAAGCUACCUACCGUUUCACAUCCGUUCGCUUACUUUUACACGCUUUUAGUGGAAAUCUGUCAGAAUUCUCCAAAAGCAAUCGCUCCCGUCUUUGGUAGGGCAUUCCGUUAUUUUUUCAACAGCUUGGACGGACUAGACCUAGAAUUGAAAUUGAGGUACCUGGACUGGUUCUCUAUACAAAUGAGCAACUUCAACUUCUCUUGGAAAUGGAAUGAAUGGGAGGAAGAGUCAAUAAAGUACCACGAUACUUUCUACAGCCCAAAAGUGACCUUCAUGAGAAACCUAAUCAGGAAAGAGUUGAGGUUAACUUCCAGCAGAGCUGAUGUCGAAGAAAGUCUCACCGAUGAGUUCAAGUCCUACACGGAUAGCUCAUUUGUUCCAAGAAGCGACCUAGUAAACUACUAUCAAUCGUUUUUCAAGGAUUUCCAGGUUGACCCCAACUUUUUGAAGGAUAACACAAUGUAUUUUACACAGGCAUGUUUUCCUUUUAACGAGCUGGUUCAAGAUGUGAUAAAUUACUUCCAUAAGCAGCCGCUGGACAGGAAUGUUAGUGAGCUACUUACAAUUUUUGAGGAGAUACAAAAGACAUAUGGAGGUAUUAUUGUGGACUUCAACAAAUUCGUUGUGACUAUCUUACUGCAAGCUUUGACAUUCUCAGGUAACAGAUCGCUUUCUCAUGCCAACAAAUAUAUUGGUGAUUCUCAAAACGACCUGGCAGAGAUUUUCACGAAACUUGAAAUUGAUCAGGACUCGAAGGAAAGAUGGAUUGUGGAGGCAAUUAUUCGGUACUGGAACAAUAAUUCUCAAAACGGCUAUUUGAUUGUUGACACAUGUAAAAACUUUGAGCUUGUAUCGGCUAAAAGCAUCCUGAACUUUUCAUUUUUGGAGGAUCGGGGAAGAAAUUGGGGUCUUGUGGAUGCCACUUCUAUCGAGUCUACUUUCAGAACUCUCACUGAGUUAUCGCUGCGUCGCGAUGCCAGCGUUGAGACGUUUGUGUUCCUUUUUGAAAGACUGAGUGAAAUCGCCUCCCAGACUGUGAAGGAACUUGGAACAGCUCCAGAUGCUGCCGUAAUUGUACCCGAGGAUUCAGGAGACAUUACCAAACUUGAGCUCUCUUGGAAAUAUGAAAGCUGCCUAGGGUUCAUAAAAAGCAUACUAAGAAAAUACGCCGAUGAGUACGCUACCAGUAUCGACCAACUCAAUGCUCUCUUGAAAGAGAAGGUUUCUCAUGAAAAAACAAAAGAGAUUGUUGCCAACUGGCUAAGCGAGUUACAGCAGCUAUGA